CGCAAUUUACGCCGACUCUAGCCCUAAUACAGGGCUAGAUAAAAUAACAGCUGCUAUUCGUACAUUAUAAAUAGUGCCAGUUCCUUCGCUUCUCUAGAAAGGCGCUUGUAUAGAAGGGCAGAAGUGUUGCAUGGUUCCUCUAUCACGCCAUGAAGUCCUUUACAGCCAUUGGGUUUUUCUUCGGAGGUCUUACAUUCGCGAACGGAGCGGAACUCAGUAAACGACAAGGCUGCCCAAAAGUUUACACCUUUGGCGCCCGUGAAACCACUGUCUCUCAAGGCUAUGGAUCUGCUGGAGCUCUCGUCAACCAGAUCAAGUCUGCUUUCCCCGGAUCAGGUGCAGAAGCCAUUGUUUACCCGGCAUGCGGUGGCCAGGCAAGCUGCGGCGGUAUCAGCUAUGACAGUUCGGCAUCCCAAGGAACGGCGGAGGUGGUGAAGGCUAUUACGAAUUACAACAAGAAGUGCCCCAAUACCCAGAUCAUUCUAGUUGGAUACUCUCAGGGGGGCCAAAUCAUGGACAAUGCUCUGUGUGGAGGUGCUGGAACGCCGCUCUCCGGUCCGGCCUUGGCUGCUGUCAAGGCAGCGAUCUUGAUGGGAGAUCCACACAAUGUUUCUGGUCUUCCAUACAAUGUCGGCACCUGCAAAACUGGUGGCUUUGCCGCUCGUCCCAAGGGUUUCAGCUGCCCUGGUGGUGACAAGAUCCAGUCUUACUGCGAUUCUCCUGACCCGUAUUGUUGCAAGGGAAAUGAUCAGCAAACCCACCAAGGAUAUGUUGGAAAAUACGGCACGCAAGCCAUGGAAUUCAUUAAGAGCAAGAUACUGCUUAGCUGAGACUUCUAGACCAGAGGUCUUGGAAUUGGCAAACAACACAAUCCGCAAAAUCGAACGCGCGAUUCAGUCCGCUCGUGAUACCAACGAAAGAUAAAACUACAGACAUCACAAGUGCCGACUGAUCCCAUGUAGCAAAGUUCUACUCGGUAUUUGAGUAUUUUAAGCAUAUAGAAACAGAAUACCCGUAGCUCAGUUUUUCGCGCUAGCUUAGAUGAUUACAUCUGUGACUACCAGGACUAUCAUUGGCCUAGCCGAAUUCAUUCAAAAAUCCUGUCGGAAACUAAGUUAACUAACCUAAGUUAACUUAGUGAUAACUAUACGUGAGAUUAGUCAUCUAAUGACUCAUCCAUGAUUACACAGCGGACACGGGGGAUAUGAAAUGCCUACGAA